GCCGGGCUCCUCCCCCGACCCUCCCUCCUCCACCGUCCCUAGGGUGUGCCUGCCUCCUCCAGCGCCUCCUCGCCACUGCGGAGCCUCUGCUGCGGGCCUCGAGGACGUGGGGUUCCGGCCCGCGCGGGCCACGCUGCCGUGGUCGAGCACAGCUCCCAGCGCCCCUACCAGGCACCAGGCCGCCGGCACCCCCGCCCGGCACCAUGGACUGGAAGACACUGCAGAACCUGCUGAGCGGCGUGAACAAGUACUCCACAGCGUUCGGGCGCAUCUGGCUGUCGGUGGUGUUCGUCUUCCGCGUGCUGGUGUACGUGGUGGCCGCAGAGCGCGUGUGGGGGGAUGAACAGAAGGACUUCGACUGCAACACCAAGCAGCCGGGUUGCUCCAACGUCUGCUAUGACCACUUCUUCCCCAUCUCCAACAUCCGCCUCUGGGCCCUGCAGCUCAUCUUCGUCACCUGCCCCUCGCUGCUGGUCAUCCUGCACGUGGCCUACCGCGAGGAGCGGGAGCGGCGGCACCGCCAGAAGUACGGGGACCAGUGCACCAAACUGUACGACAAUGCAGGCAAGAAGCACGGCGGGCUGUGGUGGACCUACCUGCUCAGCCUCGUCUUCAAGCUCACCAUCGAAUUCCUCUUCCUCUACCUGCUGCACACUCUCUGGUAUGGCUUCAGCAUACCGCGCCUGGUGCAGUGCUCCGUGUCACCCUGCCCCAACACCGUGGACUGCUACAUUGCCCGGCCCACAGAGAAGAAGGUCUUUACCUUCUUUAUGGUGGGCGCCUCUGCCAUCUGCAUCGUGCUCACCAUCAGCGAGAUCUUUUACCUGAUCUUCCACAGGGUCCUCAGAGGCAUGCGCAAGAACAGGCCCCCAGGCGGCCGCAACCCCAGAUCCUCGGCCAGCCGGGCCUCCACCUGCCGCUGCCACGGGAAGCUGGUGGAGGCUGGGGAGCUUGUCCCGCACCCCCACAGCGAUAGGCUGCAUGCUUCAGCACCCACCCUGACCCCCAUCUGACCACAGGCUGGGAAGUAAUACUAGGUCUGCCAAUGGGACAGGUCAGGAGGUACCACACCCAUGGAGGGGUCCAACGAGUGCUGGAUGCCCCCACUCUGAAUUCACCAAGCUAUCCAAUUUUCUUGUAGGCAGAUACUUUUUAAGCACUGGGCACUGUGCUGAAUACCUGAGUACAGGUCACACCACAGGCCCAGUGCCUGCCCUCGGGGGGAGACAGACAUUGAAUAUGCUUGCAACAAGUAUAUUAACUACUGCGCAAGGGGAUGCUUAGGGCGCUCAUGGCAUGGCUUCCACCUACCCCAGGAGGGGGUGAUCAGGCCAGGCUUCCCUGGGGCAGUAACGUUCAAGGGGUGCGAGGUGCUUCCAAGAAGAGAGAAUGGCAGGUGCAGAGGUCUGGAGGUCACAAGAAGGAAGAUGCUUCCCCUGAGCUGCAUGCACCAGACCAAAAAGAAUCUUCCUUCCCUCUGAAGAAGCACUCAGAUCCCUGCGGUGCAGAGGAAGAACUCUGCCAGCAGCAGGAGGUCUGGAGUUCUGAGAACGGAUUUGGGAAGAGGAGGAAGAGGCUCUGGUGAUACCAACCGCUCCUUGAGGCACCCAGGGAUCCUCUGAGUCACCACUGCUCUCAGAGAAAGUCCCCUCCCCCAGACUCCACUCUCUCAGCCUCAGGAAGCUUUGCUGCCAUCUUUCUCCACAAAUGUACUCAAUCUGGCGCCAGCCUUUCAGAGCCUGCUCCGUGGGACUCGGGUGGAUGUCCUGAUGGGAACAUCCCCGUGGCAGUUUCCUUGAAAUCAAUA